AUGGGAGAUGAAGAAGCACCAUCAGGAUCAAUAGAGGAUAGAAUUAACCAUAAGAAUUGGAAAUGGAGAGUGAGUGGUUUAGAAGAAUUAACAACUAAAUUUAGAAAUAGUAUUGAAGGUAGUGGUCCAUUAUUCAAUGAAUGGGGGCCUCAAUUUAAAAAGAUUCUGGCUGAUAUCAAUCCAAUGUCACAAGAAAGAGCAUUGGAACCUUUAUCAGCAUUUAUAGAUAGAUGUGAUUGUGUUAAUAAAUUCGCAGCAAGUUAUGUUGGUGUAUUAGUUGAAAAAUUAUUUGCAUCAACUAGACCGAGAGCAAAGGAGAAAACAAUUGAAUGUUUGUUAUUGACGAUUGAAGCAGAUUCAGCGGAACCAGUAGUUGAAGCAUUGUUGAAAGGUACAUCAUCAACCUCACCAAAGAUAUUAUUAGCAUCAUUAGCAGCGUUAACUCAAGCAUUGAAAACAUUUGGACCAAAACAAAUACCAGUUAAACUUAUAUUGAAACAAUUUUCACCAUGGUUUGAGAAUAGAGAUAAGGGUAUUAGAGAUCAAGCAUCUGAAUUAUUCAUUGAAAUUUAUCGUUGGAUUGGUAAAGCAUUAAUACCAUUAAUUAGUGAAGCGUUAACUCCAAUUCAAUUAAAAGCACUUCAAGAUCAAUUUGAAAAAUUACCAACUGAUCCUGCUGUACCUUUAAAAUAUACACGUUCUGAAGCUGCAAAAGCAUUGGCAAAUGCUUCAAAAGGUAUUCAAGCAAAACCAGAAGUUGUUGAAGAAAUUGAUCCAUAUUCAUUAAUGACAGCAGUUAAUAUUUUACCAAAAUUAACAAGUGAAUUUUAUGAAGGUUUACAAGCUAAAAAAUGGCAAGAAAGAUCUGAACAAAUGGAUAAAUUAGUAACAAUUUUAACAAAUACACCUAAAAUUGAAACUGCUGAUUUUAGUGAACUUUGUAAAGCUUUAAAAAAAAUUUUAGCAGAUGUUAAUGUUAUGAUUGUACAAAAAGCAGUUGUUUCAAUUGGUUUAUUAGCAGAUUCAUUAAGAGGUGGAUUUACAAGUUAUGUUAAACCAUUUAUAACACCAAUUUUAGAGAAAUUUAAAGAGAAAAAGACAAGUGUUUUACAAUCAGUUCAUACUACAAUGGAUAGUUUAGUUGGAAAAUCAAUUUCAUUAUCAGAUAUUAUCGAUGAACUUACAGCGACUAUGCAAUCAAAAGUACCACAAAUUAAACAAGAGGUAUUGGUAUUCAUUUGUAAUUCAAUCACCAAUACAAAGAAACCAGCUGAUAUCACUAAAGUAACUAAACAAUUGACAAAGAUUUUCAUGGAGGCAUUAAAUGAUACUGAUAGCAAUAUUAGAGAUAAUGCAUCUAAAGCAUUCGCUGCAUUGGGUGGUAUCAUUGGUGAGAGAGCAAUGACACCAUAUCUAAAUCAAAUCGAUCCAAUUAAAGCAAAGAAAAUUAAAGAUAAUAUGCCAGCAGUUGCAACACCAGUUACAAUAACACCACAACCAUUGGCGCCUGUUGAUUUAAAAGAUAUUGAUUUACCAGUUAGUAGUAGUAAUAAAAAACCAGCAGCAGCAACAGGUAAUUCAAAAUCAUCAUCAACAACUACACCAACAGGAAGAUCAUCAAAUUCUUCACCAUUACCACCACCACCAUCAUCAUCAGAUGAUAUUAAAAAUAAAUUAAUCGGAGCAGGUAUAGUAAAUAAUGAAAUUAUUGAAGGAUUAGGUAAAACUCAAUGGAAAGAUAGAUUACAAGCAGUUGAUGAUAUUUUAGAGAAUGUUAAAGGUUUAACAGCAGAUUCAAUCAAUGGUAUGUCUGAAUCGAUUAUACAAUUAUUAUGUGAUAAACCAAGUUUAAAAGAAUCCAAUUUUCAAGUUUUAUCAAGUAUAUUUUCAAUAUUCAUUCAAUGUUGUAAGAAUGAUUCAAAUUUCACUCAACAACGUUGUGCUAAUAGUUAUUUAACCACAUGUAUAGAGAAGUUAACAGAUGUUAAAUUAAAAGAGAUCUCUAGUGAAUUAUUAUUUUCAACAGGUGAGUCGAUAACACCUCAUGCAGUGUUCACAUCAAUUUAUCAAUUUACAAGCAAUCAUAAGAAUCCAAAGAUCAUUGCAGACUCUUUGGUUUGGAUUCAACAAGCAAUUGAUGAAUUUGGUAUUGGAUGUUGCUCGAAUGGUAUUCAACAAUUGAAACCAUUGUUAGAUUAUACUAAACAAUGUUUAGAAUCUACGAAUCCAGAUGUAAAAAAAUCAGCAAUUAAAUUAUUAUGUACAAUUAAAAUCAAUAUUGGAGCUACUUUAACCGAUUUUUUAGGUGAUGUAAAGAAACCAACGAUGGAGGUACUCGAUAGGGAAUUUCAAAAAAUACGUGACCAAAAACCACCAGUACCAAAUAGACAAUGGAAGGGUAUGCCACCACCAGGUUCAGCACCAGUUCAAAUCGAAUUCCCAAGAGUUGAUAUCUCUGUAAAGUUAACACCAGCCAUUAUCACUAAUCUAUCCGAUGCCAAUUGGAAAACUCGUUCAGAUGCAUUGGAUGAGAUUGAGAGGAUUAUCAUUGAUGCCAAUAGAAAGAUUCAACCAAAAUUGGGUGGACUAAUACCUGCUUUAAAGAAUAGAUUGACCGAUAAUAAUCAGAAAUGUACCAUUACAACAUUGAAUAUCAUUGGUAUGCUUUCACAGGCAAUGGGUGGUCAAUCAUUUGAAAAGCAUGCUCGUCUAUUGAUACCAGGAAUUCUAUUGUUGUUGGGUGAUUCAAAGAAACCCGUCAGAGAUGCUGUCAUUAGUUGUAUGAAUGUAAUAGUUCAAUCCGAUUUGGGAUUCGAUGUUUUCAUUGGUUCAUUGGCAGCACCAAUGAUUCAAGAAUCUGCAUUCACUCGUAAGGAAUCAUUAGCUUGGACAAUUGUAAAUGUUACCAAUAUGAAAGCUGCACCUAUACCAUCAGAAAUCAAUACAUUGGCAAAAGGUAUCAUUUCAUGUUUACAAGAUAAAUCUGCUGAAAUUCGUUCAUUAGCUGAUAAUUUAUUAUCAAUACUUUGUACUCAAAUACCACUAAUUGAAUUUAAAAAAGAAUUAAAACAUGUUAAACCUGCUAGUCAGCCAUCAAUUCAAACAAUACUUGAUAAAUAUUAUCAAAAAACUGGUCAACCAAUUCCACCACCUUCAAAAACAAAACAAUCAACUUCAUCAUCAUCAUCAUCAUCAUCAACUACUUCACAACAAUCUUCAACACCAUCUUCACCACAACCAAUAAGACAACAACAACAACAACAACAACAACAACCAACUCAACCACAACAACAACAACAACAACAACAACGUAGAUCAAUUUUACAAUCAAAUAAUGGAGCAAGUAAUUGUGAAUUUAUAAUAUUUGAUAUUAAUGGUAAAAUGAAUAGACAAAAAACCAAUCAAAUACCAAGUUGGCAUUUUAUUGAACCAACUGAAGAGGUAGUAGAGAUACUUCAAGAUCAAGUUUUACAAUGUUUUACAGAGGAAUUUGCAAAUUUAAUGUUUUCAAGUUUACCAUCAAAUUCACAACAUAUGUCAGAUUUAAUGAUUGGUAUGAUUGAACAAAACCCAGAGGCAAUCAUAUCAGUAUUGGAUAUUUUAUUUAGAUGGAUAACAUUUAAAUUAUUUGAUACUGGCUUGGCUAGUCAAAAGAGGGUUUUAAAGAUAUUGGAAAUAUUAUUGAAUAAAUUGAUAGAUUCUGAAUACUCGAUUGGAGAGUAUGAAGCAUCAUGUUUGGUACCAAUACUUUUGGAGAAAUCAGGUAGUGCAACCAAUGAACAAAUCAAACAGAUCUUUAAACAAUCGAUUCAACAAUUGGAAGAACUUUGUUUACCAAAUGUUUUAUUUAGAUUUGCAAUUGAAAUGGUUACAUCACAAAAUUGGAGAACUCGUGUUGAAGUUUUAAAUGUUAUGGCAUCAAUUAUUGACAAGAAUGGAGCAUCGGUUUGUGGAAACCUUAAAGUGGUUAUUCCAUUAAUCACUCAAAACUUGAAUGAUUCUCAAUCAAAACAAUCAUCAUUACUUUGCCUUAAUAAACUUUAUUCACAUAUUAAAGAUGAAUGUUUUAAAUAUUCAAAUAUAUCACAACAGGAUAAAAUAUUAAUUAUUGGUAAUAAUAAUAAUAAUAAUAAUAAUAAUAAUAAUAAUAAUAAUAAUAAUAAUAAUAAUAAUGUUCAACAACAACAACAACAACAACAACAACAACAACAACAACAACCACGUAAAUCAUUAUCAACAGAUGAAAUGUCAACACAAUUAAUUGGUUGUUUAGAAUUAUUAAAAAAUUAUAGUAUUACAAAAGAAAAUAUUGAACAUACAGUUGAAGCAUUGAAACAAUUUUCAGGAUUAAUGGCAAAUGGUAAACUUGAUGAUGUAUUUGUAAAUUUUGCAGAAGAGUAUUUCUUAGUUUUAACAAGUAUUUUAGCAGAUACAUUCCCACAGGUAUCAAAGGAUGCUACAAUACUUAGACUUUGUAAAUAUUUAAUUCAUACUAUUAUCUCUAUACUUUCAAAUAAGGUUGUGGCAAAACAAUGUAAUGUUAGAUGUUUAGAGAUCGUUUUAAAUGAAACCAUUAAAUUGUACAGUUUGGCCGAAUCAAAUUCAAGUAAACAAGGAACUGAAUCUGAAUUAUCGAAAGCAUUCAAUCAAAUUCUAUUACGUAUCCUUCAAAAUUGUAAUAGCACCAUACUGUUUAGUACGCUACUUCAAAUGAUGUCUAGAACUGAUAAUGAUCAAAGCAUUCAACAUCCUGGUAAAUACAAUGAUCUUUUGUUACGUUGCUUAUUACGUGCUACUAAAUCUUUGACAACUCCUUCUAUUUUGGAGGAAUUAAAUGUCGAAACCGUCUUAUCGGAAAUUAAUUCCUUCUUAAAAUCAAAUCCUUCCCUAGAUGAAAUCACCAGAAAAACUACAAAAACUCUUACUUCUGAACUUUAUCAAAAUAGAACUAAUCAAGUUGUUAAAUUUACAAAAGAUAUCAUAUCAAAAGGUCAACAACAAAAAUAUCAAUAUUUACUUAAUCUUUUAAUUGAAUUAGUACCAAAACAAUUUGAAGAUUUAAUAAAUGGUAAUGGUAAUGGUAAUAGAAUAAGUAGUGGUGGCAGUAAUAAUAAUAAUAAUAAUGGUGGUAGAGUUAGUAGUGGUGGUAAUAAUAAUAAUAAUAGUGGAAGAGAAAAUAUAAAUAAUAUUAAUAUUAAUAGUAGUUUAGAUUCACCAAUUAAUGAUCAUCAUAAUAGUAAUAAUACAACAACAACAACAACAAGAUCUAGAACUUCAACUGGUUCAAGUAAUUCACAACAACAACAACUACCUACAACUUCAGCAAAUACUACAACAACAACAACAACAACAACAACAACUGGUAAAACUCAAUCAACAUUAUCAACAUUAAAAAUUAAUAAAGAACCAAGAGAUUACUCAGGUAAAACAGAUUCACAAAAGAAAGAGUUAUUAAUUGAAAUUUUCAAAAAAAUUGGAAAUAAAGAUUUAACAUUGGAUGGUAUUCAUGAUUUAUAUUUCUUUAUUAGAGAAUAUCCAGACUAUGAUAUAACACCAAAUUUAAAUUCAAGUUCACAACAAUUCCAAGCAUAUAUCACUAGAAAUCUUAAAAAGAUUAAGGACUCAAUGGAUGCACCAAAAGAUAAAGAUGAUGAAGUUGUAAAUUAUCAAGAAAGAUUAAAAGUAAUUCAAAAUACAUUUUAUAAUCAACAUAAUCAACCAUCAUCUCAAGUUGUAAAUAAUAAUAAUAAUAAUAAUAAUAAUAAUAAUAAUAAUAAUAAUAAUAAUAUUAAUAAUAAUAAUAAUAAUAAUAAUAAUAGUGGUGGUAAUGAAAAUAUAGCACCACAAUUAUCAAAUACUGCAUCAAUGGCUUCAAAUACACUUCAACGUUUAAGAACUUUAAAUCCUGAUCAAAAUAGUGGUAGUAAUAAUAAUAAUAGUCAUCAAAAUUCACCAUCAACUAGUUCAUCAAAUGAUUUAAAUUCAACUGUCGCUUCACUUAGACAAAGAUUGGCUCAAUUAACUAGUAAAUCUAAUGAAUAA